AUGGCCAUGGAUAUUCUUCCUCAAGAGGUCGUCGACCAGAUAGCAUCGAAUCUAUAUCGACCUGAUCUCAAAAAUCUGCUGCUACUCUCACCCAAACUCCGCACCGCUGCGGAGAAGUACUCUGACGGCUUCACAGAUGUCAAGCUGCAAGUACGCGAUCUCCGCGAGUUCGAAAACAGGUUCCGUGGCCCUCGCUUCCGCUGGCUGCGAAAGCUGGAGUAUACGCUGGUGUUGUUGUCCCAUCCCCCAUCAAGCGAGACGAGCUCAACGACGGACGACAUUGCGGAAACAAAUCGUAACGAGGAGUAUCUCUCAAGUCAGAUUCAUCGACUAUUUAAUUGCUUGAGGACCCUCCAUGACAAGGAUGGCCCUCAAGGCACGAUAGAUCUCACAAUCACCAGUCCUGAGACAUCCGAGAAAGAUCAGACUAGGAUACCCGAAGCAUGGUUCAUACGAGUUCUUCGCCCAGGCAGGCUCCCAACGCUUAACUGUAUCGGCUCUCUCCACCUUGGACCUUCUCCGACCCAUCGUCAGUCGGAUUACUUUAGUAGAUUCGAUCUCAGAACCAUACUGGACCUCUCAACCAAACUCCCGGGCAUUAGGAGUAUCAGCGCUGAACUCUUUGACGAGCACAAUUGCGAUGCUGAAAUAGAUCAGCUCCGCGUCCGAGGUAGAGAGGAUUUUGCGAAACUUGCCUCGAACACGUCGCUGCAGACAACUACAGCAGAGCUGAGAUUCCAGGGGCGGAAAUCACACCAACUUCUCGAUCACGAAGCCGCAAUGCCGAAGCUCAUCCGCUCAAGGUCCUCAGAUCCUUUCAGCUCGAGUCUAAGACUUCUCUGCCAGAAUCUUACCCAACUUCGUCUCAGCGCCAUUAUUGACCAGUCGUUCUUCUGGCCCGAAGAUAAUGAGGGGACAGUCUGGCCUAAUAUGGAGUCUCUGGAGGUCAAGUUCCAUCCAGUAACGCCAUCUGGUUCCUGGUAUUUUAUGGGACCACGCGGAGAGGGCAAGGACGUGCAGGGAUAUCCCGUCCAAGGAGUCGAAUAUUCCAGCCAAGGCCAGCCUGAAGAGAACGACACAAUCGUGUUCGGUCAUGCUCCCUGUCGGCCGUCGGGAUGGCGUCUGCAGCCAAAUCCACAAACCUUGUACCCGUUGCUCAUCGCAUUCGCCAAAUCAGCGGCCAAGAUGCCUCGCUUGAAAGAGGCUAUGAUAUGGUCGCCGAUCUGGUGGUAUCUGGGAAGUCACGUCUCGGACAAGUUCUCUUACAACAAGGGCUUCGACAUGAUGAAUAGCCAAAGAUCGCUCGGGUGGGGGAUUGGGUACACGGCGCCGGACUCUGAUGGGGCUGACGACGAGGACGUUCGGCUUUUUGAAUGGAGAACCGGCAGUUGGGAGGCGAAUGACACGCUCAAGCAGCUGUUCCACGAGAUUGGCCGUGAAGAAUAUGGUGAUGAGUUCGAUGAUGACUGGGACCCUGAUGCAAACCAGGAAGAUUUGUUCUUUGAGGAUUUCUGUCGGGGCCAAGGAAAUUUGUAG